AUGUCUGACGCCAAAAAACAAGAGCAGGCUCUGAAACAACUUCAGGCUGAACAAAGCUUGCUUCUAGACAAGAUAGACGAGCUACGCACUAUUGGUGUCGGUACAUUUGUGCAGUUGCCGCAGCUCAUCGUCUGCGGCAACCAGUCCAGUGGCAAGAGUUCUGUUCUUGAGGCUAUUUCACGAGUAAGCUUUCCAAUAAAAAGCACUCUUUGUACGCGAUUCGCGACUGAAGUGAGCCUACGUCGCCACCCAACCGCCCGCUUCAAAGUCACUAUCGAGCCUGGGCCGUCAAGAAAGAGUGAUACCGAUUGUCAGAAACUCCGUGCUUUUGCCCCCGCUGCCCUUGAUAACAGUGAUCGCUUGCCAUCAUUGAUCGAACAAGCAAGAAAAUGCAUGGGAAUAGGAACGGAGAUUGAAUUUAGUGACGACAUUCUCAAAAUCGAAAUAUGCGGCCCCGAUAAGCCGGACCUGACCCUGGUGGAUCUGCCAGGCCUAUACUAUGCUCCUUCUUCCAAUCAAGGAGAGCAAGGGGUCGCUAUUGUGCGCAAUCUCACGGAGAGGUACAUGAAAAACAAACGCAGCAUCAUUCUAGCUGUUGUGUCUGCAAAAAUGGACUACCAUGUUCAGGAGGUGUUAGAAAUUGCCAAGAACUUUGAUGCAGACCGUGAGAGAACGAUGGGCAUCAUAACUCAACCUGAUACCCUCGAGGUACACUCAGAGGAGGAAGGAUCUUGGUUGAAAAUGGUUAAAAACGAAGAACUUCAACUACAGCUCGGGUGGCAUGCGCUGCGCAACCGAUCUUUUGAAACUCGUGAUGUAUCAGAUGACGAGAGAGAUGAACAAGAGAGAGAAUUUUUCAACCACGGAAAAUGGGCCUCGAUUGCGAGAGAUUGCGUGGGAAUUGACAGCUUACGGCGUCGACUCAGUUCCAUUUUGCUGAAACAAAUUCGUCGCAACCUACCGGGACUGAUAAACGAUAUCAACGCGAUGGUAUCUGGCCUUGAGUCUAAACUGGCUAAACUCGGCGGAUCUCGAUCAACCCUUCAACAGCAAAAGGGCUUUCUUCUAAGCUUAAGCAGCAGCUUUGAGCACAUCACUGAACAGGCACUGAACGGCAUGUACACUGAUGACUUUUUUGGGAGCUUGAAAUAUUUCGGGCAGCCCAGUACUCAAUAUGAUCGUCGUUUGCGGGCCGUUGUUCGUCAGUUAAACGAGGAUUUUGCAGCUGUCAUGGAUCAUUACGGCUGCCAGCGAUUUAUCGUUGGCCUCAACGGGGCGAAGUUCCCAAACUACUCCCCCUCAAGCGCCCUUAGGGGUUCCAGGAAACCAAAGUGGGUAAGCCGAUCUCAUGUGGAGGAUGAAAUCAAGGAGCAAGCACGCCAAAAUCGAGGAAUCGAGUUACCGGGAACCGCUAACCAGCUCUUGGUUGGUAAUCUAUUCCGAGACCAGUCCAAUCCGUGGGAAGAGAUUGCUCGAAAUCAUUUGAUGAAGGCCUGGGACUCUGUGAGCUUCUUUGUAAACCUUGUGCUGCAGUAUCUCACAGAUAAGCACACCUGCCAGUCGCUGCGGGCACUCAUUCUUGGCCCUGAAUUAGACAAGAUGAAAGACCAACUAUUGUCAAAGCUCAAAGAAUUGACCGCGUACAACAAGCGAGGUUAUCCACUGCCACUAGGCAGAGAUUUUCUCACAAGAAUUCAGAAAGCUAGGAAUGACCGCCAGGUAUCUCUGUUAGAACAUGAGCUUCAGUCAAGACUACCGCGCAACGACAGGCAAUUUACCCUUGAAAUGGUUCGGCAAGCGUCGCAGAAGCUGGAAUCAUCUAGUGACCAGUUUGCUGCAGCUGAAAUCAUCGACCAGAUGCAAGCAUAUUACGAUACUGCUAUUCUCACCUUUGUCGACAAUGUUGCAACCCUUGGGAUUGAAAACUGCCUUCUUGAACCUUUGAAAGGAAUUUUUACCAGCCAAACAGUUAACAAUAUGGACGACAAACAAGUUCAGGACCUUGCUGCUGAGCCUUCUUACAUCAUGGAAGAAAGAAUCCGCUCAACCGUCCAGCUAGAAAAGCUAAAAGCGGGUUUGCGAGUCUUGAAUCAAUUCAACGUGCCAAUGACCCCCGUUCGGCCAGCUCAUAUCAAUUUUACCAUGGAAACAAAUCUGCCUGAGAGGAAAGCGGAAACUUUUAAACCUAGCAAUUUAUUUAAUGUGCCUACCCAAACUUUUGGUAAGUUGCCAACUAGCAAUGACGAAGACUUGUCUCUAAUGGGUGCACCGUUAGGCCCAAGCAUCAGCAACCGCAAGCCAAAUCUGUUUGGAUCUCCUCAGCAACCUCCAUUACCAGAUUCCUCUUCUCGAAAGGGCUUGUUUUCUUCAGAUCAGUAA